AUGGCCGUCCUCCUCAAGCGCCCCGCUGCCGUCCUCAACGGCGACCACGCGACGGCGACGGCGACGGCGACCCAGGAAUCAGCGAAGGCGACGCGCUGCAAGAGGAGCCGCGUCACCGUCGGCAGCACUGACGACUACGUGGAUUCGACCUGCAUCGGCGCGGGCGGCUUCGGCGCCGUGUUCCGGGCGCGCCACCGCGUCACGGGCAAGAUCGUCGCCAUCAAGCACCUCAACUCGGAGGGCGCGAACGCCGGCGAGCUCCUUCGGGAGGCUCGCUUCCUCCAGCUCUGCAGCGGGAACCCGUACGUGGUGGGUUUCGAGGGCCUGGCGCGCGACCCAAGAACCGGCAACCUCUGCUUCGUCAUGGAGUACGUGGAGGCGCCCAGCCUCAACGACUUCUUCUGGGACACGCGCCACGGCCCGCGGCUGCCGGAGCCCACGGUGCGCGCCUUCAUGUGGAAGCUCCUCACGCGGGCCAAGAUGAUGCACGAGCGCCACGUCGUCCACCGCGACAUCAAGCCGGCGAACAUCCUCGUCGGGGCAGCAGAACAAGAAGGCGGCGGCGGGGAUCGGCUCCUCAAGAUGUGCGAUCUUGGGCUGGCCAUCUCGAUGACCGACGCGCCGCCGUACAACCAGGCCGGCACGCUGAACUACAUGGCGCCCGAGAUGCUCCUCCAGAAGACGGACUACGACGCGAUCGUCGACACGUGGUCGCUCGGCUGCGUCAUGGCCGAGCUCGUCACCGGCGAGGCGCUGUUCGACGACGAACAAGAAGAAGACGAAGAUGACGACGACGAGCGCGAGAGUGAGUCGCUAACCCAGCUCCGCAGUAUCUUCAGCGUGCUCGGCGUUCCAAGCGAGAAGUCAUGGCCCGAAUUCACGUCCCUGCCCCUCGCCGGUGAGGCGCUGCGAGCGUUGCCGGCCAUGGUCCGUCCGCAUCAAAGCAAGCUGCGGGAGAUGUUCCCCGAAGAAACUCUGUCCGCGGACGGAUUCAAGGUCUUGGAAGGGCUUCUUACGUGCAACCCCGCCAGGCGGCUCACGGCGGCCGCCGCGCUCAAGCUCCCGUGGUUCGCUCCUCUUCGUCCCGCCGCUGCCGCUGCUGCCAAGAUCAACGCGCCGGCAUUUCCCACAAAGAAGCCGCAGAAGAUCAAGAUCAUCCCGCCAGCGACACCGCAGAAGAAGCCGCCGACGAUCAAGAUCAUCCCGCCAGUGAUACCAGAGAAGAAGCCGACGAGGAUCAAGAUCAUCCCGUUCCUGCCAGCCGAGAAGAAGCUGCUGAGGAUCAAGAUCAUCCCGCCAGAGAUGCCGGAUACAAGAAUCUACUGA